AUGAGAUUGUUAACACACAAUAUGCUAUCUUCAAACAUUAGGGGCGUGGUGAAUGGAUUUCCAUUGCGUAUAGAAGCCGAGAAAGUGCUGGAAAAGAAUGUGGAAAUGAAUAGUGACUUUUUGAAAAAGAUGUUUGAGAAGAUUGAGUGGAAGGCUUUUGUGGAAGCAUCACGGGGAAUGGGAUACACUGAACUACCCGAGGAGGCUGAUUCUUCCAUGCUGGACUCAGACGAAUUUCUGAACCGAUUCCAUCAUGCCCUGUUGGAACUUCACCUUGAAGAAGGUGCUCUUGUUUGCCCAGAGACUGGACGGCGCUUCCCUGUCAGAAAGGGUAUUCCAAAUAUGCUUCUUCACGAAGAUGAGGUCUGA